AUGUUGUUGACAUCAAUACCGCAUACGACUAUUGCUGAUAUUCUUGAAGAUUAUUCUCUUAAUCGUGUUGUUUUAGUGAGUGAUAUUCUUGUUAACGGUGCUUGGAACUUAACUGAGGACUACCGCAACACUUUGUUAGCUGCUGGCAUUGAGGAGGCGGAUUUACCUUUCAUUUUGGAUGGGGAUGAUUGUCAGGUUUGGAUGCCUAGCGCCAAUGGUCAGUUCACGGUGAAAGCUGCAAAAUCUUUUAUUCGUAAGAGAUAUGGGAAGUUGGAGGGUUCUAACUUGCUGUGGAGACAAUAUGUUCACUCGGCAUUAGUAGCUAGAAACUGGAAGAUAUUAAUAGGAGCGUGUGCUACGCUUGCUCAAGUUAGAAGCCGGUUCAAAAUUCAGGUUGUAAACAAGUGUUGUUUGUGUAAUAGCACAGAGGAAUCUUUGGAUCACUUGCUUUGGCAUUGCAGGUUUGCUGAGAUGUCUUGGAGCUGGAUUUCAGAUACAUUUGGGGUGCAAUCACACCUGAAUCUGGCUACAACCUACAAGGCAGUUUGUGGAAGAAGUGACAUGAUUAAGGAGCUCUGGCUUCUUGCUGUUUUGGUGGUAAGAUCUGAACUGUGGCAAACACGUAACCGUUUUGUUUAUGAUAACAAAAAGGUUAGCUGGAGCUUCUUUAAGACUACCGUGUUCAACCAAAUACAAGAAUACUCAGGGCGUCUCAAGGGCUAUAUGUUUAAUACGGUUGAUGAUUUGAGAAUCCUGGAUUUUUUCAAGGUUCGUCAUAGGCAGGUGAAGCUUCAUGAUCCUGUUGAGUGUAGAUGGGUUCCUCCGGGGGUGGAUGAACUUAUGUUGUGUUGUUAUGGUGCGGCUCGAGGGAAUCCAGGAGUUGCUGGGGCUGGUUUAGUUGCGCGUGAUCAUGAUGCUAAUGUUAUUGGAGCUAUGAGUAUAGGUUUGGGCGUAAUGACGAAUUACAUUGAUGAAAUUUCAGGUAUUAUAAUUGGUAAAUAG